AUGACGACCUGGAAGGAAAGACUUAUCCUCAAAGUGGUAAUGUUCUUGGUAUUCCUGCUUGGGUUUCUGCCUCACAUUGUGUGCAGGUCACACUCCAUUCUUCACACCAUGAAAUCUCAUGCUAUCCAGUGCAAUCUCACUGAUAUGUUCCCUAUUUCACACGAGUUCUGUAAGCCAGGAGAGCUUGUAAUUGGAGAGGUGACUUCUCAAGUCUUUUACCUGCGCUCACCAACUAGGUUUAAUGAAGAGCCCUCUCUAAUGCUGUUCAAGAACGCUAUUAUGAUACCAAAAAAUUACAAGCAUGUCCUGGCUUUGGUAUUUGCUAUAAAGGAGAUCAAUGAAAAUUCUGCAAUUCUUCCAAAUGCUACUUUGGGUUUCCACAUCUAUGACAACUAUUGCAAUCCAAAGAUGACUUACAUAGGCACCUUGGGUCUCCUUUCCACAAGUGAUAGAUUUUUCCCCAACUACAGGUGUGGUCAUAAGCCUUUGGUUGCAGUCAUUGGGGGAUUUUCCUCUGGGACCUCCCUGGACAUGGCCACCAUUUUAGAUCUGUACAAGAUCCCGCAGACAACAGCAUGGACUUCUGCAGAUAUGUUAGAAAUGUUUUCACAUGAGAUGAAAAUGUUUCCAGCUCUCAUGGAAAGCAAGGUGAAUGUCUUUGUUGUGCAUGGUGUUUCUCCAUCCAUGCUAAGUGUGAACUGGAAUAUUCAUAUGGCCACCCUGGAGUCACAUGUGGCCAAGGUAUGGAUUGUGACACCACAGUGGGAUUUCAGAGCAAGUACGUAUAACAGAGACCCUAACAUGCAGCACUUUCAGGGUGCCAUAUCUUUGUCAAUUCAUUCCAAUGAGCCACCAAAGUUCAGGAAAUUUCUUGAAAGCAUAAAUCCAUUCUGGGCAAAAGAAGAUGGAUUUAUCAAGGAUAUCUGGGAGCAAAUCUUCAAUUGUUCAUUGAAAAAAUCCACUGGGCAAGAGAGUGAGGAGAUCGAGGAAGUCUGCACUGGGGAUGGGAGACUGGAGAACCUUCCCGGAACUUACUUUGAAAUGAGCAUGACUGGUCACAGCUACAAUGUUUACAAUGCUGCCCAUGCUGUUGCACAUGCUUUACAAAAUCUGUAUGAAUCCAGAUCCAAGCAUAAAUCAUGGGGAGAAAGCAGGAACAAGAACCUUUGGAAACUGCAACCAUGGCAGAUCCAUCCCAUUCUAAAGCAUAUCACCUUCAAUAACAGUGCUGGAGAACUAGUACAUUUUGAUGAAAAUGGAGAAUUAAUAACAGACUUGGAUGUUAUAAAUUGGGUAACUUUCCCAAAUCAAUCUUUUGCUAGAGUCAAACUUGGAAGACUGGAUCCUCGGGCACCUCAAGGAAAAGAAUUAAUGAUUCAGGAUGAAAACUUUGUAUGGCAUAGAAAGUUUAACCAGGCACCGCCCAUUUCUGUGUGUAAUGACAACUGUCACCCUGGUUUCAGUAGGAAAAAGAAGGAAGGAGAGCCAUUUUGCUGCUAUGAUUGUGCUGCAUGUCCAGAAGGACAGAUUUCUGAUCAGAAAGAUAUGGAUAUCUGUGUCAAAUGUCCACAAGAUCAGUAUGCAAAUUUGGAUCAGGAUCAAUGCAUUCCCAAGGUUAUAACCUAUCUCUCCUAUGAAGAACCUUUGGGGAUCAUGUUGACUUUGUUGGCUCUUGCUUUGGCUCUAAUGACAACUGUGGUCCUUGGAACAUUUCUGAAGCAUCAGAACACUCCCAUAGUCAAGGCCAACAACAGAAAUAUCACCUACAUCCUCCUCAUUUCCCUCCUUCUUUGCUUCAUCUCUUCCUUGCUGUUCAUUGGAAAGCCAAGCAAGCUGACCUGCCUCCUCCGGCAAACAAUGCUUAGCAUAAUCUUCUCUAUUGCCCUUUCUUCUAUUUUGGCAAAAACCAUCACUGUGGUUCUGGCAUUCAAGGCUAUCAAACCAGGGUCCAGAAUGAGAAAGUGGGUGGGGGAAAGAAUGGCAAAUUGCAUUGUUCUUUCUUGUUCCUUUUUUCAAGCAGGGCUUUGUGCAGUUUGGCUCUGUACUUCCCCACCAUACCCAGAUAAUGAUACGUACUCACUGAAUGGGCAAAUCGUUAUAGAAUGUAAUGAACAAUCCAUUUUCAUGUUCUCUUGUUUACUAAGCUAUUUAGGCAUUUUGGCCAUUAUCACUUUUGCUGUUGCUUUUGUUGCGAGAAGUUUACCUGAUGCUUUUAAUGAAUCCAAGUGCAUCACUUUCAGUCUGUUGAUUUUUUGUUGCAUUUGGUUAUCAUUUAUUCCAGCUUACCUGAGUACCAAGGGAAAAUACGUGGUGGCUGUUGAGAUCUUCUCAAUCUUAUCCUCUAGUAUUGGGAUACUGGGUGGCAUCUUUUUCCCUAAAUGCUACAUCAUUGUGCUGAAGCCUGGACUUAACCACAAAGAUGCAAUAAUGAAAAAGAAAAUAGAACCUAUUAAGCACCAGAGAAAUCCUUCUUUCUCUAAGUGUAUGACAGACUAA